ACUUAACGCCAGGUUAGACUUUUAUGUUGAGCGGAAUAUUAUAAGUACUCAGAAAAUCACAUCGUUAUAUUUUGGAAAACAGAAUAUAUAUUAUAAUUCUACAAAAAUAUGGAAAAGCGUCCAAGGAAUGGUAAAUGUGCAAAGGAGCAAAAGUUAUCCGGACAUAAGAAUCGCAGCGGUACCGAAAAUCAUCAUACAAAUAUGAAUAGGCUGUUCAACGACUUCUAUGAUAUCCUCGAAAACUCCCCGCUACCGGAAGAUGCCUUCGAAACCAGCUCGCAAGAGUACCGCCAUGCUAUGUUGUGGCUAAAUAAGCUUAUCGCCAUGCAGUGCAACACAGAGAUCGAUGGACAGAUCCGCAAUAUCCACAUGACCAACCUGAGCGUGUGCAUCAAGCAGCAGCGCCUGGACGCCGUAUUCAAAAAGACACCACCUGUUAAGCUAGAAUGGAUGGAGUUCCAGGACAACACGAUAAAGUCCCAGUGCAAAGACGGCUUUGAGGAUCGCAUGGAACAGACCACUCCCUGUCCGCACACGACUUCGCUGACACCAUCCGACAUGAAAAUUCAGUCCUUCAACAAGCCCAUUAAGGAAGCUCAGCACCAAAUGGUACAGAUAAGGGAUGAACAUCAAAAUCUCUACGACUCGGAGGCAUAUCCGAAACAGACUUCAAUGGAGCCAUUUGAGAUGCGACGCUACUGCUUCAACCAGUCUGUGGGUGAAGAUGAAGAUCUGCAGCUUAUGGGGAAUACCAGAGGCAAAGGUAUUCAUUUUUCUGAUCCGGGGCUAUCUUCACCCCUCUCACAAGUAGAAUCAUCCAGCAUGGAAUAUGGCACUUCCAAACAAACUACUAGCGAAGCUCAGCAUAAUAUGGAAGAGACCAUAAAUGAAUCUCAACAACUGUACGACCAAAGACCAUCUCCUCCACCAACUUCACUAAAGCCAUCCGGGAUCAAAAGUUACUCUUUUAACCAGUCUAUAGACGGAGAUCAGCACCCAAUGAUGGGCACCAAGGCUGAAGGUAUUCCAUUAUUCCGUCCGGAGCUAUCUUCGCCUUCGUCACAUGCAGAGUCAUCCAGAAUGGAAUAUCGUGCUGUCAACCAGUCUAUGGAUGGAGGUCAGCAUCAGAUGGAACAUGGAUGCAUGGAUGAACCUCAUCCAUAUCCAACCACGACUUCACUGGAGCCAUCCGAGAUGAGACGUCACUCUUUCAGCCAGUCUAUGGGUGAAGAUGAAGAUCUGCCGCUCAUGGAAAAUACCAGAGAUAAAGAUAUUCAAUUUUCUGAUCCGGGGCUAUCUUCGCCUUCGUCACAAGAAUCCAAUCAGAAUAUGGGCGGAGCUCACCAUUACAUUGAACAGACUGUGGAUGAAUCUCAACAUCAAUACAACCAAAGACCAACUAGGCCACCGACAUCUCUGUAUUCAUCAGGGAUGAGCAGUUACUCCUACAACCAGUCUAUAGACGGAGAUCAGCACCCAAUGAUGGGCACCAUGGGUGAAGGUAUUCCAUUAUUCCGUCCGGAGCUAUCUUCGCCUUCGUCACAUGCAGGGAAAUCCAAAAUGGAAUAUAGCGCUUUCAACAAGUCUAUGGAUGGUGGUCAGAAUGAGAUUGAACAGACUAUAGAUGAAACUCUACAUCUUUUCGACACGGAGCCAUAUCCGCAACCGACUUCACUGGAACCAUCCGAGACGAGACGUCACUCUUUCAACCAGUCUAUUGGCGAAGAUCAGCACCCCCUGGAGGGCGACAUGCGUGAACGAAUUCAAUUUUUUGAUCCGGGACUAUCUUCGCCUUCGUCACAUGAAGGCCCAUGCAACAUAGAAUAUAAAUCUUUCAAUCAGUUUAUUGGUGGUGCUCAGCAUCACAUGGAGCAGACUAUGGAUAAACCUCAACACAACCAGGGACCAUCUCCGCCACAGACUUCACUGGUUCCAUCCGGAAUGAGACGUAACUCAUUCAACCAGUCUAUAAGUGGAGAUCAGAACCUCAAGGAGGAUACCUUACAGGAACAAUCUCAACGUUUUGACCCAGGGCUAUCUUUGACUUUGUCGAAUGUAGGCCCAUGCAACAUGGAAUCUCGAGCUCUUAACCAGUUUAUAGGCGGAGUUCAGCCCCGAAUGGAACAUCAAGGACCGUCUCCGCCACCGAAUUCACUAGAUCCAUCAGGGAUAAGAUAUUACUCCUACAACCAGUCUAUAGACGAAGGUAUUCCUUUAUUCCAUCCGGAGCUAUCUUCGCCUUCGUCACAUGCAGAGUCAUCCAGAAUGGAAUAUCGCGCUUUCAACCAGUCUAUGGAUGGAGGUCAGCAUCAGAUGGAACAGACUAUGGAUGAACCUAAACUUCUUCACGACCGAAUACCAUCUUCAAACCCGAAUUCACUGGAUCCAUCAGGGAUGAGAUGUCAUUCGUUCAAACAUUCUUUAGGCGGUGAUCAGCACAUCAAUGGGGAUACCAUAGCGGAACAAUCUCAACUUUUUCAGCCAGGGCAAUCUUUGUCUUCGUCACAUGUAGACCCUUGCAACAUCGAACAUAGAGCUUUCAAGCUUUCUACAGGCGCUGAUCAGCACCCCAUAGAGAAUAACAGGGCUGAAGGUAUUACAUUUUUUGAUCCUAACCUUUCGCCGUUGUCUCCGCCAUCCCCACCGUCGGGACUAUCUAGCAUGAGGCAUCAAUUCGACAAGACGACUAAGGAUGCACCUCAAAUUUACGAUUCAAGGCUAGCCGCCAUGCGAGCGUGUAUUAUCGAGAAGCCCAUACGGGGACCUCAAAAUAACAUGCAACAGAAAUUACGUGAAAUUCCGAAAAUUUUUGGAACGACCAAUGUUGGAGACCAGCAAUUGUUCGAUACGCAGGGUCCAUCUGGUAUAGAAAAGUUCUCUUUCAAUCAGUCUAUGGGUGGCCCUCAGCACAUCAAGCAAAAGAUUAUAUGUGCAAUUCAGCAAGACGGCAAAAAUACCAAGGGUGGAUCUCAGAAAUUCGAGGGUCCGGGACCAUCCGGCUCGAGAGUGCAUUUACAGGAUUCUUUGGGACGCGCUACCGGCGAGUCCAUGGGCGGCUCUCAGAAUAUAAUGCAAAAGACAAUAGGUAAGCCGCCUAAUUACCUCGAAAAGACCAAUGGUGCACCUCGAAGAUUCGAAAGUCCGGGACCAUCUGGAUUAGGGCAGCGCUCUUUGAACCAAUCUAUAAACAGACCUCAGCACCUCAUGAAGAAGACCAUGGAUGCUCCUCUGCAAGGCGACAAAAAGACCAAAGGUGGUCCUCAGAAUUUUGAAUGUCCCGGACCAUCCGGCUUGAGAGUGCAUUUACAGGAUUCUAUGGGACCCGCUAUCGGCGAGUUCAUGGGCGGCUCUCAGAACGUCAUGUUAAAGACCAUGGGUGAGCGGCCUAUGUUCCACGAAAAGACUAAGUUGGAACCUCAGGAAGUACACGCCCGUUUGCCGUCUAAGUUUCCCGAAAUGAGAAAGGAUGAGCCCCAGAAAGUAAACGACUCAUUGACGCCAACGAAAGGCAUGAUUUCCCGCCGACACUUUGGAUGUUCUGUGUGUUCUGCGACAUCCUCUAAAUGCACCCCUGCAGUCGUCGAACCAUCUUUUGAUGACGUCAAAUAUCCCAAUACCGCUCGAUCAACAUAUAGUGACGGAUCCUACUAUGUCACCCCAUACCCCAGCAGUGAAGAAGCCUCAAGCCUCAGCCCAACUCCCAGAACGAAGGGGACAGAGAAACGAGAAGACGCACACAAAAACCUGGUCGAGGACAUGCUCCAUAUUUUGAUGUCAGUCCGACGCGAAUUGGGCGGUGAAGUGACAGUCGGAGAGGAUGACUAUCUGGAGCAAGAGAUGGCCCGCUACAAGGCAGUGCUCAUUAAAACCAAAGAAAAAAAACUUAGAAAAAUAAUGCGGGGUGGGGAUCCCAAGGCCGAGCGCCGCUAUUUAUUGGAGAACAUGGAAAGAGAUCUGCUAUCUCUUUUGAAAUAUAAUAUAUAAUGUAUUUUUUUCGUUUUUAUAUAUUUUGUGAUUUCAAUAAAGUACGAAAAACGAUAAAUACCUGGAAA